UGUCGAUGUUGCGUGAUUAAACAACUUCCAUCAAGAUGGCAGAACCAACUAUCAACGUAGAGCCCGACCUCGUGCCGGAUGAACAGUCCGAGGAAGAGCAUGACUCUUCGAUUGGAUCGAGCCUAGCAUCCACGUCUGAGAGCUUGAGAAGCUCUAUUCUAGACUAUCGAAAGGAAAACGGCAGGACCUAUCAUCGGUAUAAGGACGGAAAGUAUAACCUUCCUAAUGACGACGUCGAGAAAGAGAGACUUGACUUGCAGCAUAACCUGUUUAUUUUGAUGCUCGACAACAAACUCGGUCUCGCACCUCCGAAUAAUCCUAAUUCUAAGGCCAAACGUGUUCUUGAUGUUGGCACCGGAACGGGAAUAUGGGCCAUCGACUAUGCUGACGAACACCCUGAAGCAAAAGUGAUCGGCGUCGACCUCUCACCAAUUCAGCCUGAUUUUGUUCCUCCGAACGUGGAGUUCUUUAUCGACGAUAUCGAAGAGCCGUGGAACUUCUCUGAGCCAUUCGACUAUGUUCACAGUCGAAUGAUGACGUUUAGCAUCAAGAGUUGGCCGAACCUUGCGAGCAGCAUUUAUGACAAUCUUGUUCCGGGUGGUUAUGUGGAGCUUCUCGAAAUCGAUCUCUUCGCCCACUCAGACGACAAGACCCUUACAGAAGAUCAUCAUCUCUCCAAACUCAUCCACCUUCUUGACGAAGCAUCUACCAAGAUUGGUCGCCCAUUCCAGGAUAAUAAAAAGAAUAAGGAUAUUCUGCGCGAUGCAGGAUUUGUGGAUAUUGUCGAGACUGUUUUUAAGUGGCCGACGAACCGCUGGCCUCUGGAUAAAAGGUACAAGGAGAUUGGGGAGUGGAAUAAUCUCAACAUGGAUAGUUUCAAGGGUCUUGAAGCAUUGUCCAUGGCAGCUUUGACAAGAGUUCUGGGGUGGACCCAGGAAGAGGUUACGGUCUUUUUGGCAAAGGUCAGAAGGGACCUGAAUGACAGGACCAUUCAUGCUUAUUGGCCGGUGUAAGUACAUCACAUCUUUCAGUGUCAACAUACUAAAGUAGUCAGAUACUCAACCUAUGGCAGGAGACCUCUGGAUUGAGCAGUGGGCCAAAUGUUUAGGACUUUUUUUUUAAAUUGGUAUCCUGUACCAUGGGAAUUUAUCAGUAAUACGUGUGUAUCAGACUAGGUUUCUUGCCCUAAAGAAGCAUCCCAGUAAUCAUGAGAAGCACGGCGAUUCCACCAACUGGUAUACUCAAGCGUUGUGCAUUGUCAGUCACAGGUGCUGCACCACCUGUAGAUGACUCCUGAGCAGUACUUGAAGUCCUUGAAGCA